AUGUCCGACCAGGAGAUUGAUGACUUUGAUGUGGACAACCUGUCUGACACAUCGCGGAUGAUCAAGGGUCUGCCCCCGUACAACAUGGACGACCAACUUCUGCCCAUGGAGCGUCGUAGUACCUGCGGUUGUUGGGCCUGGACUUGCCUGGUGGCGGCGAUGAACUCUUUGGUCUUCCUGUUGAACAUCCUCCUGAUGGCCGCCAUCUUUGCCAUCGUGCUCCUGCCCACCAUCGUGGUGGUCUACUUUGGGUUCCAGUGCCACUCGCGGGUGCUCCACUCCGCAGCCUAUUACUGCAAGACCAUCCUGGACGACAACAGCUCCUCCGCUCUGAUCAUCCUCGGCUUCGUCAUCAUGUCCCCGCUCAUCGUGGUGGCCAUGGCCGUCUACUGCAGCUUGGUACGGCGCCUCCGCCUCUUCAUGUGCUUUCAGCCGUGGGCACGGGCGGUGUACAAGGGGGUGAAGUGGCGAUGGUAUGAAGAUGGAGGGCUCUGCGGAUGCGCAAAGGAGUGGAGCAGCCAAGUCAAGGCAUGGGUUUAA